CCUUGCUGUCAAAAUAUUUGACACCAAAAAAGACGUCGGCCGAAAAAUCAAUCCAAGCAGCCGCUGCUCUUCUGUUUGCUGUCGUUAUUCAGUGCCCAAUAAAUUAGUCGCGAGUUUAGUUUGUUGUUCGCAGUUGUGAGUGCGCAAAUCUUGCCAGAUGACCACAAAUAGUGGCGGUCUAUCGACCGGUGUGGUAAAAUGCUGCGUCCAAGGAUGCCCCUCGAUGUAUGGCGAAGUGGGCAAAAGCUUCCACCGGUUCCCGACGAUCAACACUGCUCGGGAUGUGCUGCGACGGGAACUGUGGGUUGAAGCGGUCGGUUUGCCGAACGAUAAAAAUAUCAUCGACAUGUCCAUCAUUUGUGGGAAACACUUCGAAAAGGGAAAACCAUCGCUUCCUAUGGAGAUAAGGGCCCCCAAUUGGCUUCCCAGUCUGCAUUUGAAAUCCGGCCCAGAGAUGGUUUCCAUGACCAACCCGGUGAACAAUAGUGUUGCAGAAACACCUCUCGUGACCGCGAGCAUCGUUGUGCCCCCACAACGGGAAGCUGUGCCCAUUGUUCCGAUAAUGGGACCACAAAGCGUUCCCAAAGACUUCAACCUACCCGAAUUUUGCCGGCUGUGUCUAGCCGAGGGAGUGCAAAUGGUAUUCCCGAAGGAUUCCAGGGUAUACGACCAGUUGGCCAGCAAAAUCAGCGAUCAUUUACGCUUGACGAUAACGGUAGGAGAGCUGACCCGUAGUUUGAUCUGUAAAAAAUGCUACGAAAACUUGGAGCAGUUUCAUCAGUUCCGUGCUCGCUGCGCCCGUCAGGAUAUGUACUUGAACAUGCGAAAAUCUUUGGAGCCGGAACGUAAACAACCGCUCCGCUACAAGGACAACUGGUACUGGUACUCGUGUCUGGGAAACAACAUGAACUCCGUCAUCUGGGGUUGCAGUGUCGUGUGUUGUCCGGCGUUUAUCGUGAGUCACCCGAGUGGUCGGAUUUGCUCCAGGUUCGCGAACCACCAGCACAAGCAGAAGAUGGAGGACGUGAAGGCGGUGUACUGCAAUGGCGAGUACGUUUUCGAUGGAUAUCGGUACAGUUUUGAGCUGAUCAACCGGAAUCGAACGCUGACGUUCAGCUGUAGGAGCUUGAAAGAUCCUCACAAUGAAUGCAGGGCACUUUUGACUUCUAACGACCGAAGUGAGGUACUCUCGGUGGGACAGCACAAUCAUGAGCGGGAGAUUAUCAUUGAAUCUGCGGUGAAAGACAGCGUGGACGGAGCGAAGAGAUCCAUUACGUUGAUCCGUGGAUUCGAUCAGGAGAUCGUAUUCUGUCAAGGCUUUUGGUACACAACCGUUGCGGAGCAGAGUAAUGUAUCCGAAUGGAAAUGUGUUCGGACGGAUUGCACCAGUACGAUUACCAUGGUUAACGGGACGGUUCAGUACUUUGGAACUCACUGCCAUCUACCGGUUUUCCUGAAAUGGGGAGCUGAGGAGGACAAGACCAUUGAACCGAAAACCACGACCCUGAUGAAGGUCAUAAACCCUUUGCCUGUUUUGCCGAAGCCUACUUCUACGAUUCAGGCAAUACCUCCGGUAGCUUUGCGGGAAUCAACGACAAUUGUUCAUUCAGGUCUGCCGACGGUUACGACCCCGGCAAGCACAACCGAAUUAGGUGCUUCUACUAUGAUGACUGAUAUAAAGACAGAACCCCAAGAACUACAGAUUGCCUCUGUGAGUUCCCUGGCGACUCAUGUCCCUCCUGCUCCUGUGAGGCCUCAACUUAAUCAACCGUUGGUAGUAUCGGCUGCAGCAAUGACCCCGAGAAUAACGCCUCCAUUGCCAACGAAGAAACUCCCGAACGUCUCUAUCAGACCCAAUCACCACAUCCAAGUGAUGAAACGAACGAUUGCUCCAACGGUACGCGUUGUACCUCCAGCUCGUCCUAAGCUUGUAAUUCCGGUACAUCCGCCACCUAGAACAUCCAUCAUUCCAUCCCCAGUGCCAACGCCAGACACUACAUCAUCAGUAACAGAUCAGCCUCCGACAAUGCCCAAAAUCCUCCACGUCAUGUCGCUGAACCUGGCGCACCAACCGGAAACAACGAUCGCCGCUGAGGUACCACCGGAUCCCGUCCCCCAAACGCUGACCACAGCCGACGGGUGGGACGGAAUGGUGUCUCAAAUCAAACUGGAACCCGAUCCUUUCCCAGAGGACGAACCGGAAACCAUAACGGAUGAGAUACUACCUACGGUCGCGUCGACGACAACAACGAUACCCGUUCAGAGCGUCAGCAUUGAUCAGAAUGUGAAUUUACCGAAACCGCCUCCGCUGACGCCACGGCCAAUGAUGCUGGUGUCGUCGGCGUCGGUGUCCACCAACAAUACGUUGGACGUUACCGCGCUGGAUCCGGAUUGUAUGGAUGGCUUGGAAACAACGGUGCCGACAACGACAACAACUGAAAACAUGGCGAGCGCCCAAGAAACCAUGCCAGUUGAAGAAGACGAUGACGGUCUCCACGAUCUUCAGGACGACGACGAAAUUCCGCCGAUCGUGCCCAUCGAUGCCGAUAUAGUGUCGAGAAUCAUCGGCAGCGAAUAUACGACCAGAGUUCUUCCCAAUGGCAAAACUCAAGUGAUACGCAAGACCAUACUUUCUCGGGGUUCGGUGCCACCGUCAUCGGCGAGGACUACGAAAAAGAACGUCUUGCCAACCAUUGCGAACCGCAAUGAAGAAAGGAACCUCAAAUUCUAUUGUUCAUACCCAGCGGCCACGAAGCGGAUCAAUAGUGGUGCCGAAGAGGUGAACAACAGUUUAGCAAAGAAGGCUAAAUCAACAGAGUCCUCGGAUCCGCCAGAGACGGCAAUUGUCGACGUGGACAAAUCUGCAGCGCCGGAAGACGAAGAGAUAGGCCAAACGGCAGCGGAAGAUCCUAUCGCUAUCUCGAUAGAACCCCAUCAAAAUCAAUCGAAUGACGAAGAUUCACGACAAUCAAGUAGUUCUACUAACGAUGAAUCUAUCGCCAGAUCGGAUACUCCUCCGAAAGAUGACGAAAGCCAGGUUCAGGAGGUUCAGGAGACAGCUCCCGCCGAAGAACCUCCGGCUGUAGCAUCAGAUCAGCAAAGCAAUCAAGCGGACAAGAAGCCAUCCGCAUCGAAGUCGGUUCAACUGGUCAAACUGCAGCGCACCGAACAGAUGUUGAGCCACGAGGGCCAUCUGUACAAAAUGAAAUGGCACAACCGGCGGCACAGCUACUGGGACUGUAUGCUGCGGGACCAGGUCAACUGCAUGGCCGUUCUGGAAACGGUAGGCGAGCAGAGUCGCCACUGGCGGAAGUUCGGCUCGCACAACCACAAGGUACCGAAGCCGAUCAUCAACGAUGAGAACCGCAGCAGCUACCGGAUGCUCACGAACGAAGGGAACCUUCCCAGGGUAAAGCACAUCCCCGCGCAGUCGAUGAAGAUCUCCGACAUUCAGGACCGGGUCGGGCGGAUGAUGAGCGUGACGAAGCGAAGGAUGUUCGGGUACAGUAUCACAAGGAUUGCUCGGGGCGUGCUUUUGAAGUUCGAUGGCUAUGAGUACAAGGUUACGCAUGCCAUCUUCCCAGGGUUCAGAUGGAAAUGCGUCUCCUGCAUCAGCCUACUUGAGACCGACGAAAAGUUCUCCAUUUGUAUGGAACUUGCCACACACGACCACGAACCCACAUCCGACGUCGUCGAUUUGGUCGAUUUGGUGGACAGAUCUGUUGAAGCUCGCAAACCCGUUCCACCGCAUCAGUCUCAACGGUCGCUGCCGCAAAAAGCUACCAUUGACGAUAGGUUGGUUGCACAGAACAACUCAGAAUCAGUCCAAGGUCAUUCUGAUGGUUCUGAUGAUAACUCGUCCAAAGAGGCUGAACAAACGUCAGAGGACCUGGGUAGAGAUCAAGAAAUGGGAGGAACAUCCACAGAUGAAACCUCUGUGCAGCAUACUCAAACUCAACCCAAUCCGGUGGCAUCGGUUGAGGAAGUUGAUCCCAUCGAUGCAAUGCUUCAGGAAAUUACGGGAGACACAGGUCAAGACAGCCAAGGUCUUCUGAAUCCAUCUACUGGUCAAUACAGCCAAAAUAACUCUGAUGACGACGAUGAUGACGAGGAGAUGACUCUGGAUCCAUCGAACGGCGAAAUGGUCAAGAAGGGCGAUUUGAAGCGGAAAGAAGCUCGAAAGGCUCUACUCGAGGACAUCGUCGCGGAUGAAGACGAUGACGAGAUGGAAUAUCUUGACCCUCUGACGGGUGAAAUGCGACGCAAGGGGGAUCAAGCGUCCUUGGCGACCGAAUCGCCUCCCGAAGAGAGCACAGAUCAAAAUGUCACGGGCGGCGGACCGUCCAACGAUGAUUUUGAGGAGAUGAUCAAGAAGGACUCCGCAAAAGAAUCGGUCGACACGAGAAAACACAAAAAGCCGAAGAAGAACUCUUUGGCGGCACUCAAAAUGGUCGUGGACGUUCACAAGCGGCUGAAGAUCCCCGAUGAACAAAGAAACUUUGAAGUACUGAUCGCACCAGAAGACAGCUCCACGUGUCUGAUUCGGUUCCAGAAGUUCACCUACGAACUGGAUGUGGUCCAUGAUGCUUUCUCGAUAUGGAAGUGUCAUCUUUCGCCCCAGUACACGUGCAGGGGCAAGGUGCAACUCAACAAAGACUGCCAGGAAGUUGUGGUAACAGGGGUGAGUCAUUGUCACGCGUCCGACCUGGAGGACAUGUUCACCGAACUACCCCAGGAACUAGACGGGGAAAUCAUGGACAGUGAUCUCGGCUCCACCCAGAGCUACACAUUCUUCAAACGGCCCGAUUACGUGUAUCAGUUGCGACUGGACGAUGGGUAUCUGUACAAUUGCUUAACAAUCUCUAAAACUGGCGUCAGUUGUUGGCGAUGUGCGGACAGGCAGGCUCAUAACUGCAAGGCCAUGUUCACCAUGGAGGGUAAGUUUAAAUCGUUGCUAAGGAACAGGUUCAGUCAUCCACAUGAUCCUGCCUCGUCGGAAGCGGUGGAAUCUCAAGCCGAAGGUGCGGAAGGCAACCGUUCGGUAGAUUCGGACGGUAAGAAAGGUUCUGCCAAAAGAUCAGCCAAAGGCGAAAACGAAGAAGACCGAAAUAAACAGAAACGGCAAACGCUUUAACUAGCCGAUCGCGAAAUCGACUGAAGAUGUUAUUAGUAACUAUAGUAGUAGCGUUUAUUUAGCUUUAACCGUAAAAUUUCAAUAUUGGAAUACAGUGUAAUAUGUACAGCGAA